CUAACGGGCGAGGAAAGGGUUAAAUACCUGAAGUGGGCGAAGUUCAGCUCCACUCUCGACCUUCGAAACCAGUGAGAAGCCGCAGACUGAAACCCAGCAGGUCCGCAAUGGCCACAGACUUCACCCAAGACUCCGUUUUACGCUUCAUUCUGAGCCGCGGCGGCUCCGUGAGGAACUCGGACCUGCUGCUGCACUUCCGGCCUUUCCUGCGGGAGCACGAGGAGCAAGUUCGGAACCGCGAACUCUUCAAGAAGUUCGUCAACUCCGUGGCCACCGUCAAGCAGGAAGAUGGCGCGUCGCACGUCGUUCUCAGGAAGAAAUUCAGGGGCUCCGCGCCGAGUGGAGGCGGAACUUUUACUUCCGGGACAGUCGCCGGGAGGACGGCUCAACCCUCCCCGGAGAAGGCGACCUCCAACCCGGUUUGGGGCACAGAGAGAGCUCGGCAGAAGGAUGCGACGACACCUGCACUUCCAGCUGAAAUUGGCAUGAAAAAUGUCUUACCUGCGGCAGGUAUCAUACUUAAUAACAACAAUAACGUCCAAACUAAUUUGAACCUGACACCAACAGCUGUGUGCCAACCUCAAAUAUCUCCUCAAACACCAACCAGAGCCCAAAGUCCACCAGACCCUCAUUCUAUCAACCAGUACCCGCAUGUGGGUCCACAGAAGGUGGGAUCGGCCCCUUCUUUGGGGGUGCCAACUGCCUCGUUCCAAAAUGUCCAAAAACCCGAACCUGGUCUUCACCAGGGUCCGAGUCUUCCUCAGCCGCUCCGAACUAGACACAGGCAGAGCUACAAAACUGCGGUCUCUUGUGACGAUGAAGAUGAAGACAUCCAGAUGACGCCAGGAGGCCAUCUUGGCUCCAUCACAAUAAAGCCUGUGGCCGCCUCAUCACCAGAGAGACUCAUCCCAAAGAUUAACGUUGAGAAUGUGGAGCGGGGAAAGAUGCUCCCGUCCCAAUCAGGGAAGGAGCCAAGAGGUCACUUUGCAGGUCUCCCAGUGGAGGCCAUGCCCAGCCGACGUAGUCUACCUGCAGAGUUGGUGUUGGAGGAAGGAAGGUUCUCGGAGCCUGGACAGGAGCGGGCGUGGAUGUCGAGCAGCCACAACAGCAUCUUCUCCCCUUCGUCUGAUACUGUCCUCUCCUGCAGUGAUUGGUCGCUCUCUGGUCCUAGAGGAUCGGAUUGGAACUGCAGCUCUGAGAAACAGGAGGUCGUAACAGGUGACCCGGUGAGAACCAUCAAAAGAGAAGUCCCCCAGCGAGCCAAUGAAACAACAAAACUUGGAUCAAUUGUGCAUCAUGCUGACAGCUGGCACCGCUCUACAGGGGAUCUUUAUGAUGACGCCGAGUCAAGUGAUGGUUCAGUCUCUUCACCAACAUCCCGUCAACGGCCGACACUCUCCAAGCGUGUUCGUAAGCACCUGCAAGGCAGGAUGUGCCGCAGCAUGGGCGCCGACUUGGACCAGCUGAUCCAGGAAGAGGCCGCUCGAGGCAGAGCGGGAGGAAAUGAAGCGGCGCGACUCAACCGCCUCCAUCGCAUCUCGUCCUCGUUGAGCCUUCACUACAACCUGUCAACCUCGUCGCUGUCAUCCUGCUCGAUGCAUUCUCGCUGCAACAGUCUCUCUGACUUGGCGGAGGGUGCAGAAGCGGUAAUAACCAGUCCUUCGACAGCAUCCAGCACUCAUCGUUACAGCCCCAGCAAAAAGUCGCAGGUUCCACUUGAGCCCAGAGAGCAUGACUGGCUGGUAAAAGGGGCAUCAGGAUCUUGGCCAGACAUCUACUCCCUGUUCAGAGAGGACAACAACCUUCUCAACAAACGUGACUUCAUUUCUGGCUUGACUGUGCUGCACUGGAUUGCCAAACACGGCGACCACCGAGUCCUCAACACUCUCUGGUACGGCGUUGAAAAGGAAGGUUUGACCUUUGACAUCAACGCCCGGUCAUCGUGCGGCCAAACGCCGCUUCACAUCGCCGCCAUCCACAGCCACAAGAACAUAAUUCGCUUGCUGGUGAGCAAGUUCCAGGCCGACGUGCAGCUGAGGGACACCGCGGGGAAGAAGCCCUGGCAGUACCUGGGCCAAAAUGCGCCGACAGACAUCAUGCACAUGCUGGGGGCGCCCGCCACCAUGCGAGGAGAAGGCGAAGCCGCCAGCGCGGACCGCAGCGGUGAGCGCAGGCCUCAUCCCCGCCGCCAUCGACCGCAUCUCCUGUCCUCUGCGUCUCCAGGUGAAAGAACCAGGACCGUUAAGGUGAAAAGGUCGUCGUCAAUCGCAGCGUUCCUCAAACAUAAAUCACUGAGUCGCUUUCACGGUUAUAAGUCAGAUGGCUGACAAAAGUGCUUCUUGGCAGGAAGUACUCCACCAACACAGUACUUACAGCUAAUAUAAAUACACAAACUUGGGGGUGAUAUUUGGAUGCUUUAAAAGAAAUGCAAUAUAACUACUUGACUAUUUAGAUUCAAUUCGAUUCUGAUUAUUCGGUUCGGAAUCAAGUGUCUAUUCAACACGAUUCUCGCGAUAUAUUUUUUGUUAUAAUAAAAAAAUGUUUUUAAAACCUGUUACAAAAUCUCCUCUUGGCUGCUGAAGUGAGACGUGUACGUCAAAAGUCUUUAGAAAUCAAUCGAGUCAGAAUCGAAAUUAUGUGAAUCGAUUUUUGUCUGUUAUAGGUGACAAAUUAUUCCAAUUAAAGUAUUCUCGCUAAUAGACGU